GCUUCCUGAGUGUGCUCGUGAAGAACGUCACGGCAUGCAUGUUAUGAAGCAUGAGUUACGAUACAAGUGCUGCACAAAAGGUCAAGUUGGAUAUUUUUGUCUGAUGUGCAACGUGGAAGAAGCUGUGAAAACCGAGUGUCAUUGAAAGUACCGACCGGCCGUCAGCUGAGCCCUGGAAACGGAAGGCGAGUUGAUUCAGUUGCAGUAGGAUUUCGGCCGUGCGAUAUCGUUUCUCGGCCUCACAGGUCCCCUGGUCCCAUUUGCUCCAAUUUUCACGCGGAUACACGUUUAUAGGAAAUAUCUUUUAUGGUCCUGGCUGAAGAUUACACAAUGUCUCGCACCGACGAGGUUCACCGAGUGACGGAAAACGUCUACAAGACAAUCAUGGAACAGUUCAACCCUUGCUUGCGAAACUUUGUUGCCAUGGGGAAGACCUACGAGAAGGCCCUUGCCAAUGUGACAUUCGCCGCCAAAGGCUACUUUGACGCUCUGGUGAGAAUGGGCGAGCUAGCCAGUGAGAGUCAAGGAUCCAAAGAUUUAGGCGACGUGCUCUUCCAAAUGGCAGAGGUCCACCGACAGAUCCAAGUGCAGCUGGAGGAGAUGCUGAAGUCUUUCCACAAUGAGCUGCUGUCGGAGCUGGAGAAGAAGGUGGAGCUGGAUGCUCGCUACCUGGCUGCGGCCCUGAAGAAGUACCAAGUGGAGCACAAGAACAAAGGGGAGAGUCUGGAGAAGUGUCAAGGGGAGCUGAAGAAGCUCCGCCGGAAGAGCCAAGGCAGCAAGAACCCAUCCAAGUAUGGCGAGAAGGAGAUGCAGUUUGUGGAGACCAUCAGCAGCAAGCAGAGCGAGCUGGACACCUUCAUCGCUGAAGGAUACAAGACGGCAUUGUCGGAGGAGCGCCGGCGCUACUGCUUCCUGGUGGACCGCCAGUGUGCCGUGGCCAAAAACAGCAGCACCUACCAUGGCAAGGGUAAAGACCUUCUGACCCAGAAGAUACCAGUCUGGCAGCAGGCCUGCUCGGACCCUAACAAGCUCCCUGAGAGGGCCGUGCUGCUGGCCCAGCAGAUGGGCUCGGCCGCCUCGAGCAGCGCCAGCCCCCUGCACACUUCCAAAUCCAACCUGGUUAUCUCUGACCCCAUUCCCGGGGCCCAGCCCCUUCCCGUGCCGCCCGAGCUGGCCGUUUUCAUGGGUGGUGGCCUCGGGCACCAGGCGAGGCUGAUGGGCCCCGAUGGCAUGUCCGUGGUCAACGGGACGACGGGAGUCCACGGCGAGGAAUACUGGCCGGACGGAGGGACCCUGUCCCAAGUCAGGCCUUCGUCUCCACAGGCGCAAGCGCAGGCCCAAGCCCAGGCUCAGCCUCAGAGACAGGUCAGCGACGUCUACUCCAACACCCUCCCUGUCCGCAGGCCGGGUCCCGCCAAGAACAAGAACCCCGUAGGUGAGACACGGACCCUCCCCCGUUCCAGCUCUAUGGCAGCGGGCCUGGAGAAGAACGGGCGCUCCCGCGUACAAGCCAUCUUUUCGCACGCCGCCGGCGACAACGGCACCCUGCUCAGCUUCUCCGAGGGCGACGUCAUCACCCUGCUGGUGCCCGAGGCCCGCGAUGGCUGGCACUAUGGCGAGAACGAGAAGAACAAAAUGCGUGGCUGGUUCCCAUUCUCCUACACGCGAGUGCUGCCCGAGACCGAUGGCGAGAAGCUGAAAGUGAACCUGCAUCACGGGAAGAGCAGCAGCACGGGCAACCUUCUAGAGAGUGACCAAUCCCUGCCCACACCCGACUACGGCCUGACCGCCCGACUUUUGGCGCAGAGUCUGGCGCAGAGCCGCCCCAGGCCCUACAGCAUGGCGGCCUUUGGCACUCAGCCCGGUGUCUUUCAGCCCGCUGUCGAGGAUUAUGACGGCCGCUUUGCCACAAGUGACAGUCCUGAUGGCAAAUUGAUUUCGACUGUGUGACAACACACAUUGUGACAGACGCAGACAGCUGCGGAUAGCGCAGGGGCUUCCCUCCCUCCCUCCCCUGCCCUCGCCUCCCCCUGUCUCUCCUCCUCUCCCUUCCUUCUGCCUCCACUCACACUCCUUCAGCGAGUGGACGAGGCUGGUCUCAUCCCUGCUUUCUGUCCUCUCUUCCUCCUGGCGUGCGUCCCUCCGCCCGUCCUGGGUUCUGCCGCCGCCUCUCUGCUGCUGUGCUGCCGGCUGCCUGGCGGUGUCGCUGUCGGGACAGUAGCGGUUGGUGGGUGGAGGAUUGCGUUGAGAGUCGGGGCGGGGCCUACCUGCUCGGCGUGCAGCGAUACGGACUCUGAGCAACGGCAGGCGCGUGUGGACUGACUGCCCUUGCUCGCCUGCGUUGUCUUUUUUUUGUCUUUUUUGCCGUGCAUGUACGCACUUGUCUUUUUUUGUGGCUCUCAAUAAAGAGUACAGCGUGGUCGCAACCCAUAAAAGUUGAAAAAGACAAAAUGGUGCUUUGAAAUGCAAAAUCACAAGGGAAGGCUGUGCAGGGACGAUGCGAUCAGUCGCGCUUACACCUGAUUUAUUUUGGUGUUGGCACUGCAUGGAGAGAGUGACCUCCCCACCCUCGCGCAAAAUUUUUCUCAAAAUAGGACAGGCAAGAUACAAGCGACCUGAUUUAAAAGUCUUUCCAUAUGAGCAGUUGGUCGGUCAAUUAUUUAUUUUAUUUAUUUUUUGCUUUGACUUUUCAAGCAACAAAGUCAACUCUCGUCACAAGCAGCAGUUUUGCAUAACUUAAAAAAAAAAUUAAAACAAAAGCCUCAAACUAUUUAUUGCCACUCGUUAACCUUCAAAGUCAAUGUAAAGCAAAGAACUACACUGUGUAUUUACAAUGACCACGUCACGAUGCCUUCAAAAUUGCGAGCUCAAGUGCCAUGGAUGGGUGAACCAAAAGCGCACGUCUGUCUCGAGUGCUUUAAGCAAAGAAUAUUUGGAGAAAAACAACAGAGAAACCCAUGUAGGCAGACCAUAGGAAAAUACUCCCAGGCACAUCUUCUCUGCAAAAAUCUAGCUGUGACCGUCUUCAUGUGCUGUAUAUCUUUGUCUUCUUCUGCCCCCACGUGGCCAAGGUGUGUACAUCAUAAGCAGCACCUCAAUGUCCAUUGAAUCGAAGUCUUUCAUGGAACAAAAUGGUCACGUUCUCAUCACCUGCAACCUUAGUUUACCAUUGCCAAAAAUACAAACGGGAAGGAAUUGAACUUGUCUAUUGUCUCACGGCGGCACGUACAGUAUAAUAGAAUGGUACAUAAUUAUUCUUUUGUGGAGGUUUUUUGGGAUGGGAGGGGGGGAGAUGUUUUUUCUGAAAAAUGUUACCAUACCAUCACUGCAACCUUUGGUUGUAAAACGUUGACAAGACUAAAAGCGGGAUUUCGACAGAGGGGUGUGUUCACUUGAUAGACUUUUUCUGCUCCAUAUCCUGGCGGGUGUGUUGGAUGCCUUACACGCUGCUUCUGCCUGUCUUUACCCCCCUUCCCCUUUUUUGGUGCAGGCGAGCUUGAGCAACAUCUCUCGAAUCAAUAUCUAUAUGUGACUCGUUUGUAUCCGUUCACCCAAUUGCACCAUUUCCUUCUUUUUGAAUUUGGUCUUCUUUGCGCAAAUGGCCGCCUUGGAUAAGCGCUGUGAGUUUGUUGAUGAUUAGCCGCCAUCUUUUCUCUUCAUUUCCUUUGCUGCUCGCUCUGUGUUUUUGUUUUCUUUUCUGAUUGUAUUCCCCAGUGCUUUUGUAGUUCCUUUCCUCCCCAAACUAUGGGUGUCCUUGUUCAAAAACACUGAGUAGUUGUUUUAUCUUAUGCAUGCCGUGGAGGGAUAUCAGAAAAUGUAAUUAAAAAACAACAACAACAACAACAAAACAGUCCAUGAAUGUAUGGUGACUUUUUACAAAAGGUAUUCUAAAUAAAGCUUAACUCUCUAUAUUAAUAAA